GCGUCAAAAAUGGCGACGAGGCAAACCGGCAGCUGUUGCAAGAUAUCUUAUCGCGAGUCAUUAAAUGCUGCAGCCGUGUAGAUAACAAUAAUUUCCGUGCUCAAUUAUGUAGCUUACAAGAUGAAACCCUAAACUGGCGCAGGGACUUUUUUGAGAGAAGCUACCUGAGCAGUACCCGCCAUGGUAUGACUGACAUCGAGCGUCCAGGUUCCGUUCCACACAGAAACAGGUACUCAAAAUCAUCGUUGAAGUACGCAAGUCAAAUGAAUCAAAGUCCGCUGUCAGACGGACAUUCAAUGCGUCCGAUCAUGUCUUCAAACGGCGUUGGAACACCCGAGAAAUCCCCCGAAAAUGAGAGGCCGCCGGAACGCUCUGAAAGAAAAACGUCCGUAGAGUUCCAGCUCGACCAGGUGCCGGAAAUCCGCGAACCAGAUCAGUGGACGACGGACAGGUCGCACACAUUGGACAACGGCAGUACGGACGGAGAGCUGUCGAGCAUCAACGAGAAGUCAUCCCUGAACUCGCACUUAGAAAGGGGUGACCAGUACGUCACAAUGACAGGAACCAUCAGACGGGGACGAAAACAGAGCACUACGAUCGACAUGAAAGUGAACAUAUCAAGGGAGGAGCUCGACGAAAUUGAGAGCAGCAUAAAAGAACAGAACGCCAAGGAUGAAACCGACUGUUUCUUUGGUGCGAAUAAAGGACCACACGUAUUCCUCCUUUCCAUCGCCCUGAUCCCGGUAGUCUUCGUCGUCUCUGCAGCACAGUCCUUCUAUUACGGGACCAUGACGUGGUACAACGUGUUAAUUGUUCUCAGUGAAAAACGGACAAUAUUCCACAAGGUUUUCCUCAGUCCGUUCUGGAUAAUAUUUUAUCCUUUUCUGAUCUUACCAGCCACGGUUGGACUGGGACUUUACGCAGCAGGCGUGCAGAUAUCUUGGGAGUAUACCACCUGGAAACAAGAAAUUCAAGACUGGGAGAAAGGCUUUUAUGGAUGGCUCUGCUGUUUUUUGCACUUGGAGGAAUGCUCACCAUAUGAAGUGGUGGUUCUCACGGAUGCUCAGCCUGCCACUGAGAGUGGCAAACCAAAAGAUAAUGAUGACACACCCCUGUAAUCUUUAUGGUGCAAGUCAUUUUAUGUCAAUACGGGGGGGGGGGGAUAUGUUUAAUGAUAACAUCAAUACGGGUAUGUGUAUAAACCCAAUAUGCAAUGAAUUUUUUGUGUGUACCGCAAAAAAUUCCCCAAUUCCAUGACGUGGUAGUCUUUUUUAAUGUACAAUUAGUGUUCAGUAUUUCUUGUCGGGAUCCUUUGUUUUCAAUUGUGUAACGUGAUGCAACUGCCAUACGAUUCCAUAUGUUGUCUGGUCAGAUGACAGCUUGUGAUAUUUUACAUAGGAGUUUAGGUAAGGUAGCAAUUUAUACUUUUAUAUGUUUGCGGGAAUCAGUAUCAGAAGAGUGUAUUUCUUUGGUCUUCAGGUGCAGGCAUAAGUCAAAUACCCUAUUUGUAACUGUUGAUUCAAAGUGCCAAAAUAUGUCUUUGUAAAAUCUAAUGUUCUUUGUUCCAUCAAGAUCUAGUCAAGAACACAACCUACAGCCAAUCGUGUACAUGCCAAUCAUGUGUUAAUGCAUAAAUGCCAUUAUUUGCAAAAUAAUUUUGGUACACAUUUGAGGAAUAUGCAUGCAGUUGGCACCUCAACAUUUUACCAUACACAUUCUAUCAGUAGUGCCCUCUAUGGUGCCAAAUUAUAAACUUGACACUAUACCAGACUGUGGCUAGUCCUUUUGUAAUAAAUCCUUUAGCCAGA